UCCCCUCCUCCCAUUUUUCCAAUCACCAGAGACAAGCGCCGCGCCUCGCCUCGCCUCGCCGUCGCCUCCUCGCCGCAACGGAUUUUGGCCUCCCUUCUCUCCUCUCUUUCGUCUCUGGCGUAUGCAGAAGGCGCAGGAGAGCCGCGACAUCCUUAGAUCGAAAAAUCACGUCAAGGCUCCUGCUCCUCGACUUUCCGGGGACGUCGGCUCCUCUCUCGUCGACGAAGAAGCUCCGGUCUCUCCUUCACUCAUUCCUUCCCGUUUCGACUGGCGCAGCGAACCAAGAAGCUGCGAUCCCAGCUCGCAGUAGGUACGCAGUCGCGUUAUCUGCUUUCCUCUUCGAUUUUCUGGCAAGACCCGCCACCAGCCGGUGGAACUAGCUCCUCCCUCGCUGUCAUCUCUUUACCGCACGUCACUGUUCUUUCCUCCGGCCAAAUUAGGACGGCAGAACCGGACCUUGAUCAUUGGAGCUGUUCCCGGUAACUUUUACCGGAAAUAUUCAGUUUUCCGACAUUUUCGCAACUGAGCUACAACCUAUAAAACAGGGUCAGGUUUAAAUUACAUGUUUUCUUUUUUUCUCAUGUAGAUUGGGCCUCAAGCUGCAGAAUUAAGAUUUCCUAGUAGACGCUUUUCAUACUGAAUUUAUGCCUGAAUCUAUACCUGCUAAAAACCCUAAACCCUUGUUGCCGGUUCAAAUAAAAAACGAACUCAAAGCCCAAAAACAAAAGCGGAGGCGCAGAAGAAGAGAAUGAUAAUAUCUAGAAACCUCUCUGCAUCAAAAUCCAAACUUAAACAUCUCCUUUCCCUCUCCCUGUUUGCUCAAUCUUUGACAAGCCCUUCACUUUCUCAUCUCUCAACUAUCCAAUUGUAUCGGUAUCCAUUAACCUCUUCUUCUUCGUUUUCAUUCUCCAAUUUCUCUUCAAAACCGACCAAUUCAAACCCACCAUCAAAACAAAAACCCUCUUCUUCUCUUUUGCCCCUCACCCGCGAUGGAAAUUACGACGAUGCUACUCCUCCGGCCACUGUUUGCCCCGGUUGUGGGAUCCAUAUGCAGGACUCAAAUCCUAAACAUCCUGGUUUCUUCACCAGGCCAUCAGUCAAAGAACUAAAUUGUAAAUCUGGUUCCCAUCUUGCUCCUGUUGCAUUAGAGUAUGAAUUUUCAAGUUCCUUGAAACGGGGUGUUGUAAUUGACCCUGAAAAUUCUGUCUCUAGUUUGACCCAAAAUUCAGCUAUGGAGAAACCAAUUGUGUGUGCACGGUGUCAUUCAUUGAGAUACUAUGGGAAAGUGAAGGAUCCAGCGGUGGAGAAUCUGUUGCCAGAAUUUGACUUUGAUCAUACUGUAGGUAAGCGUUUGAUUUCGGCCACUGGAGCUCGUUCAGUGGUUCUUUUGGUUGUUGAUGCGGUAGAUUUUGACGGGUCUUUUCCAAAAAAGGUAGCCAAGUUGGUAUCAGAAGCAAUUGAGGAGAAUUUCACUGCAUGGAAAGAGGGGAAAUCAGGAAAUGUGCCUAGAAUAGUACUUGUAGUGACUAAGAUUGACUUGUUGCCUACUUCUUUGUCGCCUACUAGAUUCGAGCACUGGGUAAGACAAAGAGCGAGAGAAGGUGGAGCUAGUGUUAUUAAGAAAGUGCAUUUUGUGAGUGCAUUUAAAGACUGGGGAAUGAAAGAUUUGGUUGAGGAUGUGAUUACGUUAGCAGGGCCUAGAGGGAAUGUGUGGGCUGUAGGGAUGCAAAAUGCGGGGAAAAGUACAUUGAUAAAUGCAAUGGGGAAGUGGACUGGUGGAGGUGAAGGGAAGUUAACUCAUUUGACGGAGGCACCUGUUCCCGGUACCACAUUAGGGAUUGUUCGUGUGGAAGGUUUUCUUCCAGGGCAGGCGAAGUUAUUUGACACACCAGGGCUUUUGAAUCCUCAUCAGAUUACUACACGGCUAACUAGAGAUGAGCAAAAGCUUGUUCACAUCAGUAAAGAGUUGAAACCAAGGACAUAUAGAAUCAAGGAAGGUCAUUCAGUUCAUAUUGGCGGGCUCAUAAGGUUGGACAUUGAAGAAUUAUCAGCAGAUUCUGUAUAUGUCACAGUAUGGGCAUCUCCGUAUCUUCCAUUACAUAUGGGGAAAGCAGAAAAGGGAAGCACUAUGGUAGAAGACCAUUUUGGUCGUCAAUUACAGCCUCCAAUUGGGGAGAAAAGAGUACAAGAACUUGGAAAAUGGGUGAGACAGGAAUUUCACAUUUCUGGGAGCAGUUGGGAUUCAAGCUCAGUGGAUAUUGCUGCAGCUGGUCUGGGGUGGUUUGCUAUUGGACUGAAAGGAGAGGCAGUCCUAGGCGUUUGGACAUAUGAAGGAGUUGAUGUUGUUCUUCGCAAUUCUUUAAUUCCUUUUCGAUCGCAGGUUUUUGAAGUUGCAGGAUUUACUGUCUCAAAAAUUGUCUCUAAGGCUGACCAAGCUCUGAAUAAAUCGCAGAAGAGCAAAAGUGAAAACAAGAGAAAAAGAAGUGACCAUAACAUAUCUAUAGCUAACAAAUCAUUAACAAUUGUUGAAGGAGGAAAAUGUGCAAGCUAAUAUCAAGUUGCUGACAGCUAAAUGGGCGAUGUGAAAAUUUGAAGAGGAAGAAAAAGCACUCAUCAUACGUAGAUCAUAGAUCUUAAAUUUUGUUAACCAACUUUUCCUUCUAAAAUUGCAGGAUUUAGUGUAGUAUUUGAGGCGUAUACGGAAUAAUAUGAAUAUGCGAAAGCUAUCAGUUUUGAAAGUUAUUCUGUUAUAUUAAUUACUGUAUUUGGACUACUUACACAGUGAAAUGAUUGUGCAUUUUGGCAUAUUAAAAUAGCAAAAUUUAUAGGAGUCUUGACAUUCUCUCUUAA